AGUGGUUUUGUUGAACUUACUCGCGUGCUGCCACCGAACUCCAAAGUUUUUCUUCGAGAUAUUAGAUGACCAACUGUCCAAAAUAAUCAUUUUGUUGCUUUGACGUUUACCUUCCUCACCCUUUCCUUGUUUUUCGAUUUACCUUGCGUCACCGCUAGAUCUUUCUCCUCUCCGUCUCCUGUGCGAACGAGAUUCUUCUUCACCCUUGUGUUCUCUACAUCGCCAUUGAAAGCAACAGGUGGCAAAGGCGUAUUAGCGAAGGGAAGCAAAUAAGAAACAGCACUACAGUUACUUUUUUUUGUUUGAAGCCUUCUUCGAUAUCCUGAGCUCCAGUCUUUCACUGUUUAAAGAGGUGGUGAUUGGUAUAUCGAGGGAAGGAAAAGUACCAUUAUUUCAGCUGAUUGAAGUUGUGAUACGUAGAGGCUGUCAAACUGGCAGAGGAAGAGAGUAGAGUAGUAGAAAAAGAGAGGAAAAAGAGGGAAGCGGUGCUUGAACCAGGUUUUCCGUGUUUUUCUCACUAACAAGUGACCCAAAACACGUUUAUCCAGCACAUUCUCCCUCUUCAAAUCACUUUUCCUUUUCGUGUGUGGCACUUGACGUCAUCAACGGACGCAUCCACUGGGACUGCCUGUUUGUAUUUUUUUCUGCACAUUUGUUUUUCUCUAGCCCUUUUGUUUCUGCAAGAUGCCCCCGACUAUGUCUAACCAAACGAUGGAGAAGGAGCAGCUCGCAAGCAUUGUUCGCCGGCUCAUGAUUGACGCAGACGACUUCUUUAUACAACAGCAGAAGACACUGCAGCUGUCGUACGCGGAGUUAAACAGCCGCAUUGAUCAGCUGCGGAGACGCGUGCAGCACCACCAGCAGCAGCAACAGAUGCCGCAAGUCAGUGCCAUGAGUGCCAACAACGGGUUGUACAGUAACACGAAUCCAUCUCCCUUUUCCAUGACGCACAACUUGCCAAACGCCGAUAUGCUGGGCACGUCGGGCACGGGCCAGUCUGUGCUUUGUGGCGGCGGGUCCGGGUCUAUGAACGUCAACGCGACUCCUCUGCGCACCACGAGCGGCGGGUCGCAAGGGUACGGCACGACGAACAGUGCCGUGAACAACGGGGCAUCACGCUCGCUGCUGGAUAGUCUCAACGGGCCGUCGGCGCUGCUCGCGAUGAGCGACGCGGCGCUCGAAUCUGGCCGGUUGAACUCUGCCACCGGCGGCACUGGGGGUGGUGGUGGUGGUUUCAUGAGCAGAGCGACCGCCACCAACGGGAGUGCAUUGACGAGCGGCGGGCGCGGCGCGUACAAGGUGGAAGCCAUCACCCCACCGAAUAAACAGCUGGCUUUAUCACAAUCCACCAGCAAGAGCCCUAGCAUGUCUCAGCAGCAGCAACACCAGCUGCAUGCCGCGGCAGGGCUGAUAAACGGAGUUGCCGUCUACGACGACCCCAUCACGGGGGAGUACACCUGCACCGCACAAAGCAACCCCAACGCCAGCAGUAGCCGCCACGACUCCCUCAUGGCCUCCCCGCAGACGACGGAGAAAUUCUCGCUGGAGGAGUUCAUUGGGCGAUUCAACACGACCACCGCUAGCGUGAACGCCGCUUCCACUGCCUUCAAUUUUGACUCCUUGUACGAGCAGCUCACGAGCGGCGGUCCGGAGGAGUCCUCGCAGAGCCCGCUGGACUACACCGACAAUCUCGUGGGGCCGGAGAAGUAUACCGCACACGCGGCGUCGCCGUACGACCGUUCAAGCGGCGGCGGCGUGACUGAUCGCGACGGCACGUCACCCGACGCCAACGCCUUCGGUGGCGUGACGGCGAAGAACAGCAUCCCGGUGGACAGCCUACGCGCGGUGCACGACCAGCACCUGACGACGAGUGUGCGAGUAACGUACGAACAAGGUCGGCCAAAGGUGCGUCGCAUUCCCGGCGGUGCGGCGGACACCCCUGAAAGCCUUGGCAUCAACCCGCGUAGCAGUUGUGAGGUGCUGGUUGAGUUUAAGCGCAAGCGCGUGCUGCAGUACGAGUCGCACGAGUACGUUGCGCCCGGCAGCUACGUCAUCGUAGGCGGUGACCGCGGCGAGGAUCUCGGUCUUGUCGUGUAUGCGUGGUGUGAGGUGUCUCUGGAAGGCAGCAAGAGCGGCAGCAGCAGCAGCGGCAUCUUUGGGGCGUCGGAGCACAACAUCUCUGGCGCCGGCAAACAGAAGGUGGUGGGCGUCGGUCUGACGGAUAGUAAGCUGCCGCGCAGCAUGGGCGUGGGCAACGGCACGGUGCUACGUCUCGCCUCCGACGUUGACGUGCAGCAGCUUCUUGGCACGCAGGUGGAGCUGGAGCGCCGCGCCAUUGAUGUGUGCGCGCAGCUGGUGCUGGACCACUCGUUGCCCAUGGUGAUCGUCGAUGCAGAGUAUCAGUUUGAUAAGAAGAAACUGACCUUCUUCUACGAAGCGCAGCAGCGCAUGGAUUUCCGCGAGCUCGUGCGUCACCUGUACAAGACGUUCCGCGCGCGCAUUUGGAUGGAGCUGGUGGAUGCGUAG